CUACCAUAUCCUUUCUCGACCAUACAAUAAUAUAAUCUCUAAUACCAGACCUUUUAAUUACCUCCUUGCAAAAAUUGAUGGGGUGGGGGCUAUAAAGACGCAGCUUCUCAAUCCUCUCCCUCUCUCUCUCUGCCUGCUUCCUUGAGUUGUCUGUAAGAAAAGAAAGAGAAAUGGGGAAUUGUCAAGCUGUAGAUGCUGCGACGCUUAUUAUACAGUACCCAAGUGGGAAAGUUGACAAGUUCUAUUGGCCUGUGAGUGCUGCUGAGAUUAUGAAGAUGAACCCUGGUCACUAUGUGGCUCUUCUUCUCUCCACCACCUUGUAUCCCACUCAUAAGAAUGAUGAAUGCCCCAGCAACGCCGCCUCCACCACCACCACCACCACCACCACCACCACCACCACCACCAACAACAACAACAGCAACAACAACUCUCUUCGGGUUACGAGAAUUAAGCUUCUCAAGCCUACGGAUACUCUUGUUCUUGGCCAUGUUUAUAGACUCAUCACUACACAAGAGGUUAUGAAAGGGUUGAUGGCAAAGAAGCAAGCAAAGCUGAAGAAAAACCAGCCGGAAUCAGCAGGAAAACCAGAGAGGAUGAGAGAGAUGCAGUAUUCAGGGCUGGAUAUUGAAGUAAAAAGAGAUCAUCAGGUCACCAAAAAUGAAAGAAACAGACCAAGAACAGCAACUACUACCAACUCUGCCAGUGCUGCAGCCAGAUCAAGAACAUGGCAACCUUCACUUCGAAGCAUCUCAGAGGCUGGCAGCUAAUCAUGUUUCCAUCUGUCUGCCAUGCUUAAAUGAGGAACAGAUCAGCCCACCUGCACACUAAUCCAGGCCUUUAUUUGAACUGCCAAUUUUAAUACACACAGAUCUUCCAUGGAGGCAGAUGCUAGCUAGCUUUAUAGCAGAGGGAACUCUAUCUCUGGUCUCUUCAAGUGCAGAUUUCGAUAAUCGAAAGUUGUAUAGCAAAAGGGUUCUCUCUCAAACAUAGUUUUUAGUGAAUGUUCUCUUGAAAUGAAAUUAGAAUUUUCUUGAAA